AUGGCCACAACCAGCACCGCCGACACCGGCCCCACCACAACCACCAACAACCCCCUUCCCCAAACUGCCCAAACUCCUCGACCCCCCCAAACUCCUCAAGCUCCCCAAACUCCCCAACCCCCCCAACCCCCCAUCCUCCUCCCCGUCUCCCACGCCCGGGACAUCCUCCCCACCCCCUCCGCCGCCCUGCGCCGCUGCGCCGCCUACCUCCGCGCCCGCCACCGCUUCUGGGACGCCUUCCCGCGCGGCGUCUACACACGCCUGCCGACGCCGGGCACCGACCUCGAGUGCGGCUUGCAUGCGCUGAUUUUGUCGGCGCGGUACCAGCUCUCUUCUCCUUCCUCCUCCUCUUCUGUUUCUGGGGUGACGAGGGAGGGGAAGGUGGUGGGGGUGAGGGUGCCGACGCUGGAGGAGCUGCGCGCGGUGUACGAGAGCGAGGUGGUGCAGGGGGAGAAUGCCAACGUGGGGAUGGGGAAUGGGUGCUGGUUUACGGCGGAUCAGUUGGCGGCUGUGUUUGCGGCGUGGGGGAAACGGUUUCUGGGUGGGGAGGGGGUGAGGUGUCAGAUGGGGUGGGUGAUGGAGAGGGAUGAGGAGGUGGGCGUGGAGGGGUGGCCGGUUAUGAUGAAUACGCCCGAGGUGGAUACGGGGGAGGUGGGGGAGGGGAUCGUGAGGGUGUGGGUGUGGAAUGAUGGCGGGUCGUUGAGGGGCGGCGUGGGCCAUUUUGAGGGGAUCAGGAGGCCGAGUGAGGAGGAGGUGGCGGCGGUGGAAGGGUUGGAGUAGGGGUGCUUACCUUGGUGUCUACCCGAGUAAAGGAGGUAUAUGUUGCACAAGCCAACCUUGAAGACAGAUCUGGCGAGAAGUUGUCUCCCACUACGCGGCAACGCAGACCCGGUUCAUGCUUGAGGCCGGUGGUGGAAGGCACAGCCGCGGAUUCAGACACUACACGUGGGUAGUGCUCUCCUUCUGGCAACUGAAGUAGCCCUCGAGUCAUCUGCAUGGAAGGUA